GCAGAAGCCGCCGCGGAGCUGCCGGAGCGCCGUGGCCGGACCCGGCUGCGCCGCGCUCCCUCCGCCCGCCGCGGCGCUGCCCUGGGGCCGGGAGCUGCACACGGCAGAGCGCGGGGCUUGGAGCAUGGCCCUGAGGCACCGGGGGUCAGCGGCUCCUGCAGACACGGGCUCUAGGCGCGUUCUACUCGCCAAACCCUGCAUCCGUGCCAGAGGCGGAGCAGACCCAGCUCAGAGACACUCGCAACUCGCAGGAGCUCUGCUUGGACUGUGCUGCUGACAGAGCCCCCCAGACCUGCUUACAGCCACUGGAGGAGGAGGAAGAUUCUUCGAAACAGCAAAAGACUUUUCCAAGCGGGGAGUGGAAGGAGGCAGCUUUUCCCCCUCCUUCCCUGUUUGGGAGAAAGGAGUUGCCCAACCUGGUCAUGAGACUUUUCCACACUUCCCAAAGCAGGCUCCUGAAGUUAUGACACUGCAGCAUGGAGAGGCUGGGGUAGUGCAGUCCCGAACAGCCCCCCAGCAGCACACCCCGAGUGCUGGCAGCCUGGCAGGCACAGGAGAUGGAGAAUGAGGUUGGCAAAGCUGUGGACAAUCAGAUGGACAAAUACGUAGUUACAAUAAUGGGGAAAUCAGAAAGUCAAAUGGAUAUUGUGGAAAAAUCAACGAAAUCUGGAAAGAAAUCAUGGAGCUUCGUAUCCAUCGGUCUGGCCGUCUUGCUGCUCCUCAUGACCUGUGCAAUGGUCACCCUGGUGAUCCUCUAUGCCAGCAGCAGAGGCACUCACUAUGGCACCAAUUCAGGCAGUGUAUGUACCACCCCUGGAUGUGUUACAGCAGCUGCUAGAAUAAUCCAGAAUAUGGACCCAACAGCUGACCCAUGCAAGGAUUUCUACCAGUACGCCUGCGGGGGCUGGCUGAACCGGCACGUCAUCCCAGAGACCAGCUCCAGAUACAGCAUCUUUGACAUCCUGAGAGAUGAGCUGGAGAUUGUCCUCAAAGGUGUGCUGGAGACUUCAGAUCAAGAGGACAGAGAGGCAUUUCAGAAAGCAAAAAUACUUUACAAAUCAUGCAUGAAUGAGAGUCUUAUAGAGCAAAGAGAUUCAUUGCCUUUGCUAGAGGCCUUAAGGAUGGUUGGAGAUUGGCCAGUGGCUUCUGCAGACUGGAAUAAGACCAAAGAGGCAAACUGGAGCAUGGAAGAAAAACUCUCCAUAAUGAACUCCAGAUUUAACAAACGUGUCCUCAUUGACAUGUUUGUGUGGAAUGAUGACCGGGAUUCCAGCAGACACAUCAUUUAUAUUGACCAGCCAAGUUUAGGAAUGCCAUCCAGGGAUUACUACUUCAAUGGGGGCAACUAUCAAAGAGUGAGAGAAGCUUAUCUGCAGUUCAUGAUCACCAUUGCCAAGAUGAUCCGGGAAGACAAGAAUAUGUCUAAAGAUGAUUCCUUUGUCCAAGGGGAAAUGGCAAAAGUUAUGGAGCUCGAAACGGAGAUUGCAAAUGCAACUACCCCAGCAGAAGAAAGGCAUGAUGUAACCCUGCUGUACAACAAAAUGACCUUAAAAGAACUACAGGAGAAGUUUGCACUGAACGAAUUUAACUGGACCUUCUUCAUCCAAGGUGUCAUGUCUUCAGUAAGUGUUCAGGUGGACCAAGAAGAAGAGGUUGUUGUAUAUGGCAUGCCCUACCUGCAAGAGCUGAAAGCAAUUAUCUCCAAGUACUCGGCAAGCACCAUCCAGAACUACCUCAUUUGGCGACUGGUGAUUGAUCGGGUCAGCAGCUUGAGCCGGCGUUUUAAAGAUGCUCGGGCCAGCUACAGGAAGGCACUUUACGGGACAACACUGGAAGAAGCCCGCUGGAGGGAGUGUGUGAGUUAUGUCAACAACAACAUGGAGAACGCAGUGGGAGCUAUGUAUGUCAGGGAGACAUUUGCUGGUGAGAGCAAGAGGAUGGUCCGAGACUUAAUAGACAAGAUUCGUGAAGUGUUCAUCGAGACUUUAGAUGAGUUACAGUGGAUGGAUGAGUCAUCUAAAGAGAAAGCUCGUGAGAAGGCAAUGGCAAUUAAAGAACAAAUUGGCUACCCAGAUUAUAUUUUGGAAGAUCAGAAUGAAAAACUGGAUCAGGAAUAUGCCAACUUAAACUUCAGUGAACACAGCUACUUUGAAAACAUUCUGGAAAACCUGAGAGCUGGAGCCCAAAAGAGCUUGAGGAAACUUCGUGAGAGAGUUGACCAGGACAUAUGGAUAAUUGGAGCUGCAGUGGUCAAUGCAUUCUAUUCCCCCAACCGGAAUCAGAUCGUUUUUCCUGCUGGGAUUCUGCAGCCCCCCUUCUUCAGCAAACGCCAGCCACAAGCCCUGAACUUCGGUGGGAUCGGGAUGGUCAUUGGCCAUGAAAUUACCCACGGGUUUGAUGACAAUGGCAGGAAUUUUGAUAAAGAUGGGAAUAUGUUUGACUGGUGGAGCAAUUUCUCAGCUAUGCAUUUCAAGGAGCAGUCUCGUUGCAUGGUUUAUCAGUACGGGAACUACACAUGGGAGCUCGCAGGGGGUCAAAAUGUCAGUGGAAUAAGCACAUUAGGAGAAAAUAUAGCAGAUAAUGGAGGAGUCCGACAGGCUUAUAAGGCCUACUUAAAAUGGCUGGAACGGGAAGGGAAGGAGCCAAAGUUGCCAGGACUGAAUCUGUCCCACAAACAGCUCUUCUUCCUCAACUUUGCCCAGGUUUGGUGUGGUUCCUACAGACCAGAAUAUGCUAGCCAGUCCAUAAAGACAGAUGUUCACAGCCCUCUGAAAUACAGGGUGAUGGGGUCUUUGCAGAACUUUGAAGCAUUCUCCGAGGUGUUCCACUGUAAGAAAGGCACAGCCAUGCAUCCUGCAGAGAAAUGCAGGGUCUGGUAACCAAAACCACUGGUGAGAAUGACACGUACUCUGUGACACAAACAAGCGAUGUGCCUGAUGUUCUCCCCUUCAGUCACAGCCAAGGCUCAUGGUGCAGCUACUGUAGUGAGAAUCCAGGAAACUACAGCCCUCAAGCUCUUACAGUCCCACUGGGAAGCACACAGGUAUCCCAAUGACUGAUGGGCUGUGCUGGAAGCCACGGCAUGCUCCAGAACAGGAAUGACUGUUUCAAUGACAUCCUGACUGUUAUUAAGAUACUGCAUCAGGGUUACAAAGACUACUUCUCAGAUAAAAGCAAAACCAACAACCAACUGUACAUCUAUUUUUCAGAAAGGAACAAUAAUUCUAGUCUCUCUUAAAACCACCCCUUCUGAGACACAGCAAACCAGCUUGAAAUGCUUCGCUGAACUAUUUCCCAGUGUUCUGAGCCAGUUUCUGCUGCAUUCUUCCUAAAUCCAGGUUAGAACUAGCUUGAACUCCCGUGCUGUCUGUAUACUUGAUCCCUGCUUUGCUGUAAGAGACUGCUAUUUGUCUUACUGUGUACAAAGUGAGCUCUAUGUUAAGAUGCCUGUCAGCUGCUAUCGUAAUGCAAAGCUGCACUCUCCUGCUGCACUCAAGUUCCUCUGCUCCAAAGAACAACUGAGACAGGACCUUAAAGUGAAGUAAAGAGAUCACAUUUUUAGGAGUACAAAUUCUGGUGUCAUGGUUAAAAGAACACGGUCCCUCCCUUCAGAGAUGUAUUUAAAAUGAUGCUUCUUCUUGUAGAAAGUGUAUAAAAUACUCUUUGCCAAACAGCAAACAUGUAUCCAUGGAAACAAUGAAGCUGAUUUUAAUCCUGUGCCUUUUCAUUUUGCCAUAGGCUAUUUUUCAGUAUUUACACUUGAAAAUGUAACAAGUAUGGGUUUUUAAUAAAAGAAAUAAAACCACA